GCACGUCGAGCAUUCAGUAGACUCGGCCAUUUCUCUCACGGAACGUAGCGACUCGCUCAGCCGCGCGACGGUUUUUUUUUUCGCGACUGCACCGUGCGGGUAUACUCCCGGAAGUUUUGCAAAAUAACGCGACGCAAAAGGAUGAUACACUCCGGGCGCACCAGGCUCGAGAAAAAAGUAAGUCUCCAACAGUUAGGAGUGGGAGGAGGGGGCCAAGGGGUCGGAGCAAUACAAGCGGUAUUGGUCGAGGAGACGGAAAAAGGAAGCGGCGGUACCGGUGGACAAUGGUGGAAGCAGCAGCAUCCAUCCUAUCAUCACCAUUAUCACCAACAUCAUCAUCAUCAACAACAUUAUCAUCAUCAGGGCGGUUAUUACACGCAAUCGCAUACUCACAACCCUGUCACUACCAUGAAGCAAUCCUACAUGCAGCUAACAUGGGUGUUUCACGAUGACGAGGCGCAGAUUAACAAGAAACUGCCAAAAGAAUUACUACUCAGAAUUUUUUCGUACCUCGAUGUCGUAUCGCUAUGCCGUUGUGCCCAAGUAAGCAAGGCCUGGAACGUAUUGGCGCUCGAUGGGUCCAAUUGGCAGAGGAUCGAUCUCUUCGAUUUUCAACGAGACGUGGAGGGACCAGUAAUAGAAAAUAUCUCGAGGCGUUGCGGUGGAUUCCUCAGGCAGCUCUCGCUCAAAGGAUGCCAAAGCAUCGGCAACAACUCAAUGCGCACCCUAGCCCAGUCAUGCCCUAAUAUUGAGGAGCUUAAUUUGAGUCAGUGCAAGAGGAUCUCGGACGCGACAUGCGCGGCCCUCAGCAGUCAUUGCCCCAAGCUCCAGCGGUUGAAUCUGGACUCCUGCCCCGAGAUAACGGACAUGUCCCUGAAGGAUCUCGCGGCCGGCUGCCCGCUGCUCACUCACAUAAAUCUCUCGUGGUGUGAGCUGCUCACCGACAACGGGGUCGACGCGCUCGCCAAGGGCUGCCCGGAGCUCCGCAGCUUCCUGAGCAAGGGAUGCCGCCAGCUGACGGAUAAGGCCGUGAUGUGCUUAGCGCGCUACUGUCCUAAUCUCGAAGCGAUCAAUCUACACGAAUGCAGGAAUAUAACGGACGAUGGAGUCAGAGAACUUAGCGAACGGUGUCCACGGCUGCAUUACGUUUGCCUGUCGAAUUGCCCCAAUUUAACGGACGCGACGUUGAUUAGCCUGGCACAACACUGUCCACUUCUCAAUGUACUCGAGUGCGUCGCGUGCACCCAUUUCACGGAUACGGGUUUUCAGGCCCUCGCGAGAAAUUGCAAACUGCUCGAGAAGAUGGAUCUGGAAGAGUGCCUUUUAAUCACUGACGCCACCCUCACUCAUCUGGCGAUGGGUUGUCCGAGAUUGGAGAAACUAAGCCUGUCACAUUGUGAGUUGAUCACCGACGAAGGCCUCAGACAAAUCGCGCUGUCGCCAUGUGCGGCGGAACACCUAGCCGUCUUAGAGCUGGACAACUGCCCGAACAUCUCGGACAACGGUCUGAACCAUCUGAUGCAGGCCUGUCACAAUCUCGAGCGUAUCGAACUUUACGACUGCCUACACAUUACCAGAGAGGGCAUACGUAAACUCAGAGCCCAUCUACCGAACUUAAAAGUGCACGCGUAUUUUGCACCGCCGACUCCGCCACCCAGCGCAGGAGCCUCGCGACAACGAUACUGUCGGUGCUGCGUCAUUCUGUGAUUUUGCCUUCAACUCCUAACUCCGAAGUAAAAAAUCGUCCGAUAUAUAUACCCACGGGAUUAGUGGACCUUUAUCGGUGGUCGCUGCUUGCGGCGAUUAUGGGACCUCUCUCUCUUUCUCUCUCUCUCGUGGUUACCGGAGGAAGCGCUCCGGUUGCCCAUCACACAUUGAUAAGUGAGAACGGGACUCGUUGUCAAUUGCAAAUCGUUAAAUCGAUUCAAGCUCCACAUGCAACGAGUGAAGUACGUCACCAUCAUCAACACAGCCACUGAUGCUACUACUGCAAUUACCACUAUGACCGCUGCUGCUGCUCUGCUGCUGCUAUUACUAUUACUACUAUUACUACUACUACCGCUGUUACUACAAUUAUUAUUAUUAUUAUUAUUAUUAUUUCUAUUUGUACUCCGUUAUCUCGAUAGUAAGUGCAUCGCCACUAUAUCGGUUUAUAUUCCGUGCGGAAAGUUAGUCUGCAAAGGAAAGAAAUUCUCAGGUUUCUUUAGCGAUAUUAUUGUUUUCUAUGAUCUUCAUUUAGCGUUCGUGUCCACGGAGAGAAAUGACGCGCGCGUGCGCGUUUUCUGAGCCACUCGCGAUACAUACGGAGCGACGUAUUCGAGAGCGAGCGAGCUUAUUUUGAUUAGCGUUCGGACGCGUAUUUUCCUAGCGCUACGCGAGCAAGUUUAUCGAUUUACGUUGCUCGAUAAACACGAGAUACUUAUUUUAAGAUACGCGUAAAUGUCUUAUAAAUAUCUUAAUGAGCACCCGCGCGCGUACUACCGAUGGAACGUGGAAGAGAACGGUAGUUUUAGGAGCAAUGGAGUCGAGCGUAAUAAUUGCGUGCAAUUGUAUCCAGAAGUCGAAUUUCACACACAAUCUCGACGUGUAAUCGUAGCAGUUUCUCAACGAACACUGCCUAUAAUGCUAUUGAUAAACGAGAAAAAAAAGAUGCAAAAAAAGAAAAAAACAAAACACGGCAUAGCGACCGCGAAUCGAAUCUCGUCGUAAUAUUUAGGGUAUUAAUUAUCGUUUAUCGUAUAACGUAGACGUAUAUGCACCGACAAAGUACGGCUCGGUGAAAGUGUUUCUUCUCGGUGUCUGUUUAAAAAGUAUUAACGGAUCGCGCGUACCGUGAUUACCGAGCGACACCUACGAAUUUCUUUCCUUUUCGUUAAAAAAAGAAAACGUAAAAAAAAGAAGAAAAAAAUAGGAAGAGAGAGAGAAAAACGAAGAAGAACGCGUGUCGCGGAAUUUGUCGCAUCAAGGGCGCACAACUUUCAACUUUCAACGACGAAAAUUUCGACGUAUAUUUGUGAUCGUGGACACUCGAGACAGAGUGAGAACGGGAGGAGGACGCUCGAGUAUCGUCUUUGAAGACUCCACCGCCGCUGGCGCGGCCUAUAGCGGUGGCGCGUGAGAGAUGCAUUUUACAUCGAUUCGCGGGCAGACGGUAUUUAUGCCCGCGUAUCGUAUCCUCGAGUAUCCGUGUAAAACGUAAAACACCACGUAACACACCUUCUCCUCGACAGCCCGGACAUCUAUUCUAUUAUUUCUUUUCUCCGUUUUAUUAACUUGUUUUCUUUUUUGUUUUUUUUUCUUUUUGUAACUUGUCAUGGACUAGGAGAGCACAGACUGAAAAACGAAUCAAAGCGUUAAUGUGUUAAACCGAUUAACUUCGUGCCGGCGGCGAACGGCGCUGGCAUUUUUACUUUUUAAGCCUAGGUUUAAAAAAAAUAUAACGGAAUAGCGGCAGUAUCAUGAAGCCACGGACGUAUCGCGAAGAGCGAUGGAUCUUCGCCAACUGAUCCCGGAUACGCCGUGACUACAGUGACGAUGUGCCCGAUGGUGAGGAACAAACAAAACAAACAGAAAAGACAUUUAAUCUCCGACCGAGUGAUUGUAAAGGCUCCGAUUGUAACAUCGGCGCCGUAACAUCUCGGCUCAUGGUAUUGUUCGAUGAAGCAGCCAAUUUGUCGUCGGAUCUUCGCGGUCGCGUUGAGCGCCGGUAAAGAGAGACGAGCAAUUUCAUAAGAAGACGUGAAAUGUCGAACGUGACUUUCCCCGAGGCCGGGAAAUGGACCACGGGAAGACGGAGCAACCCCUAUACACGUGGAUUACGAUUUUCCAUUUGAUUGUACACGAAGAAAUUCCACAGCGUAGUAUCUCCGAGAGUUCUCGCGACGGAACUUCACGGCGGAUUUGGGUUUCGAAUCGACAUAAUUUAUUUUGAAUAUAAAAGACACUACACAUACAUACACGCGCGUGCGAGCGCGCACACACGUACAUUGGCUAUAUUUUUAGAAGCGUACCCUUGCCAGAUUUUUACUAAAGAAGCCGUGGACGCAUUUUGAACGCGUUUUAAUGGCCGGUCGAAGACCAACGCGCGAAAUUUUUAAAAGCGGUCCAGUUUCGAAGUGCAAUAUCCGUCAGACGCGAAACGCGCCUCGUUUUUUUUCCUUCCUCUGUCUUUGAUUCGUGAAUCGUAAACCCGGUUAAUAUCGCGAUAUACGGCAAGUCGCGUUAAGCAAAGAGGGGGAGGGGGAAGAAAGAAACACGAAGUAUCGAUUGUUAAUCUUUUGGUAGCGUGUAAGAGACGUACCGCGUAUAUAUGAAGUAUAUAGCGUGUAACAGAAAUAACGGAUGCGGCAACCUAGUAUAUAAUACAACAGUAAAUAAAUAUAUAGAUAAGAUAUGUUUUAUACGCUGCAUGUCAUCCCUAGUGGAAUAACGUGAUCAUUGUAAACGUGUCGUUCGAAGUCAGGUUAAUAAUUAUAAGCGAUGUACGAUUAUACGCGCGCAUGACGUAACCGCCGAUGAUGCAGGACACAUACACACGUACACAUAUAACACGCGCGCUAUCCGCAAGGCUUUUCGAUCUCUCGCGAAUCUCAGUAUGAGCGUUUGCGCUUUCCUUCCGAGCUCCUCCGAACGGAAUCCAGGUAGCAAGCUACGUCAUUUUUUACCUCAAAAUGACGCCUUUAAUGUCGCUUUGACGUCAAAAUGAUGAUAAAUAAUAUCAGCCCAGGUAGAACACAGAAUCAUAAUGACGUCAUAAGGAUGUCAUCAUGGGUUUAUUUCCCAUACAGCACAGAUUAUUCUAGUAACAUUGCAACGUUUCAGCAAUAUUGCACACGUUGUGGCAAUGUUGUUGCAAGCUUCUGUGCUGCAUGGAUUGUGGAAGCAGAAUAAAUCACGAUACAUCAAAAUAAUGUUAAAAUGAUAACGCUUUUUAGACUUUCACGGAUAUUAUCUCCAAAGAUACCAGAAGGUUUGCGGGUUAUCGCCGUAUUUUCAUCUAUUACUAAUGCUAACGUUUCGUGAACCUUGCCAUUCACUUCAUCAGGGUGAGAAGCGCACUGAUAAUGCUAAAAUGAAUCGUUAAUGAUUAAAAAAUAACUUAACAAUCAUUUUGGAGUCUUUUGAUAUCAUUUUGAUGAUUUGUGUUCUGCUGGAACAAAUUCAAGCAGAGCAACAAAUCACGCUAAUGUUAAAAUGAUGUUAAGAUGAAUUAAUUGUGACUGAUCGAAAAGUGAUUUUUAAUAAUCAUUUUGGAGCCACUUUGAUGUCAUAACGACUUUUUAUUCUGCUUGAGUUGUAAGUCAGUGAUAAGACAAAUAAAGUCAUGAUGAUGUCUUUAUAACUUCUGUAUUUUAUUUGGCAGCUUGCUACUUAGGAAUUAUCCCUCACGCUCCGGCCACCCGGGGGAUUCAACCGCGCGAAUUCUCUGAAAAGAGAGGGCAGAACUCUUUCGCGUCAAAUGAAAUCAAAUAGAACUGUUCUUUUUAACUGAACUUCUAGCACCGUUCAUCUCUUCUUUUUUUUCCAAUGUGGAAAGAAAAAGAAGAAAGAUGAACUAUAUAAGAAAAGGACAGUUUAGUUGAAAAGGAUAGACCUUUUAUGCCCAUUUCCAUCAAUAUAGAUUAACUUCAAUCUUGAUUCAACUUUCUAAUUCUUUUCUAAUUUUUUAGAACUAGAAAAAGAUGAAGAGUGAGUUAAAGCGAUUUUAAAAUUAAUCUUUAUUGGUAGCAACUGGCAUUAAUAGCGCCGAUUUAUGAGAUUUAUGUUCCCCAGGUAGCAAGGUGACAUUAUUUGUCGCCAUUUUGAUGUCAAAAUGAUGACAAACUAAUGGUUUUCCAACAAAAGUACAAGUCGUGUAUAACACAGUGAUCGUUUCAUCUUUGUUUAACAUCGGCAAACAAUUAAGACGUAAUGAAUUCACUAUGUUACACUAGGUUAUCUAUGUCUCUUGCUGGAAAGCACCCAACUUCAGCUUUCUACCUGAAUCGAAACGAGUAAGAAGCGAGAGAAUUUCGCCGAAGGUUUCCGCGGUUGAUCAUCGUCCGAUGCACGAGCUAAACUCAAAAUACAAAGUCAAUCGCAGUGCCUGAAAUGUUACGAAGCUAAUCCAUGUAGUCGUGUCGAACGCGAGCUUUCCCGCGUGCGACAGAUUGUAACGCUAACGUAGAACGAUAUGUUUGGCUGAACCAAAGUGCAGCGCGGCAUCCGGGCAUCGGGCGAAUCGGCAGGUCAUAAUAUGCGCCAACGACAACCGGCCGGAGGAGAUUCGCGGAGACGUCUAUUACAUUAGUCGCCGUAAACCGCCGUCAAUCGGGAUAUCAUCGUCCGUUGGUUAAUCGCGUUGCGUCAGCUCGCGACUUCGAUCAACCCGCGAGAGACGGAAGAGUCUUGUCGGGCAUCCCUUUGACUUGGACGUGCGGGAUUCGCUCGGACGAUCUUUUCAGACUUGCGAUAAUCUGUCUGAAUUUUCGCGAACGAAAGAACGAAGUACCGUCACACUUUCGAUGAUCGCCACUUACAGUUUAAUCAAUUGUAAUAAUCCGCAGUUGUCACCGUUGAAUCGUGUUGUAACGGUUAAUUAAGAAGAUAAGAGAUCGAAGCGUUGAUGCCGCUGAGUGAUCGUGCAAGUGUUUGGCUGUGCAAGAGAGAAAGCUGACUAGGAUCUGAGUAGGAAGGCUGUGAAUAGGAUGAGAAGAGAAAAGGAAGGAAAGAAAAGAGCGAGCGAGAGAGAAUGCGAGCGAGAGUAAAGAAUGAAAGGGCGAGAGGGUGCAUGUGUGAGAAAGAAAAAAAUGAGCAUGAGAGAGAUAAAGGAUAUUAAUCGAAGUCAGCGAAAGUAUCUCGGUAUCCGCUGCGUGUAUCGACGGAUUGACGCGAUCAGUCUCGUAAUCGCGACAUACUGAGAACGAUUCGGAAACGGAUCGGGUCGGACCGUUAUUAGCCGUUUAUUCCCAUCUAGCAAACAAGCUGACGUUAUUUGUCGUCAUUUUGAUAUCAAAAUGACGACAAAUAACGCCAGUUUGCUUGCUGGGCACACAGCACGCUUUAUCUGAGGGAUGUUCUGGGAACGUUCUCAGCAUGUUCUAAGAAUAUCCUUAGAACGUUCCGAGAAUAUUCUUAGGACAUAGAUCGCCUUCUGGACGUCUUUAGGACAUCCACUGGAGAUCUGUGCUGUAUGAAUUUUAAGAAAUAAACGAAAACUCCAAAAAAUAUUUCUCGCGUACGACACAACAGCAUCCAUGGUCUACACGUGUCGGCCUACACGUGCCUCCCGACAACCUCGACAACCUCGGCUAUCGAGAGGAUGUCGUCGAGAAAGAAGAAAAAGAAAGAAAAAGUGAAAAAAAAAGAAA